AUGGCCGAGACACAUCAAUGCUCCCAUGCCUGUGGGACAGGCUCGACCACGAGACUUGCCCAAUCUAUAGAUAUGGAGAAGGAAAGGCGGCUCAGACUUCAGAUUGCUGCGCCCCCACCGCAAAGCAUCAAUCCGUGGAGCCCCGGUAAAAAAGCAAUGGUACAUGCACAAACUCAGGUCGAUGACAGUCUACUCGGGUACGAAGAAGAUGCCAGACGAGACGGGCAAAGAUAUCGAGCUUUGAAACAAAACUUCGACAUCCUCUACAUCCACGAGACUGGCACGCCCAGGGGACUCGGCGUGUUUGCCGGACGAGAUCUACGUAAAGGCCGCCGAAUCAUAGACGAGCCUCCGACUUUUUCCUGCAUUCACUGGCCAGGCAAGAGGACAGCGGCCGAGGAGUGGUUGAAGUUACGCCACGGCCAUAGAGAUAAAAUGCGUGUUUGGUACCGCAAGCUACGCAAUAUGGCACACGGUGGGAAUGACACAUUUCAACAAAAAGAUAAAAAGACACUGGAGAAGUUUGUUGACGACUACGCCUUUCACGAUCCCCAAAGGGAAAAGGCACACAUCUACAGGCUGGCAUCAUACAUUAAUCAUGCCUGCAAGAGGUGUGCAAACGCCGAGUUCUGGGUGGAUGGUGACACCAAGAAAAUCCAGGUCAAACUCAUCCGCGACGUCAAGGAUGGUGACGAAAUAUUCAUCUUCUACAAUAGGCACAACCUCGGCUUCGGAUGUGCGGUCUGUGAGUCGAGGCGGUUACUAAAAGCCAUGAUCCGGGCCUGCACCAACUUCCUUGGCGCAGGACGAACAAACGCAAGUGGUAACAACUUGAAGAGUGAAGUCGCAAGCAACAAGCCCGCCACAGACAACUCCAGCGCCUACCUCGGCAUAAUGCCUAUGAAGGCUUGCGCUGCAAGUGGACUGCCACAACCAUUAAAGCUAUCUGGUACAACGUUGGGGGCACAGGUAUUGGGGCACAGCUCUUGA